UUCUGGCCCUUCAUUGGGAAGUAAUUCGUGUGGGUGGUUCUUCAAGUGCCUGCCCAGCUUCCUGUGGGCUGUGAUCCUGGCCAAGUCCAGCUCCCCAGCCCAGCGUCCUGCGUUUAAGGUCCGCGUUUUCUUCCGGGGACAAUGAAUCGUUCUUCCCAGGACACCGGCUCUCGCGGCCUUCCUGAAGAAAGAAAGCUUUACGUUGUGGAUUCCAUAAAUGACCUAAACAGACUAAACCUCUGUCCUGCCGGAUCGCAGCAUCUGUUCCCUCUGGAGGAGAAAAUCCCAGCCGACAGCAGUAACUCAGGAAAUGGAAGCCACGGGCUGUUUUUGGUGGGGCUGAUAAUUGUGCUGAUUGUCAGCCUGGCGCUGGUUUCCUUCGUGAUAUUCCUAAUAGUGCAAACUGGCAACAAGAUGGAAGAUGUGUCCAGAAGACUAGCAGCCGAGGGAAAGGACAUCGAUGAUCUUAAGCAAAUGAACAGCAUAAUUGUAAAGCGACUCAACCAACUGGACUUGGAACGGAACUAAGGAAAUGGGCUUCCGAGAGCAACUGCGGCACGUGAGCUUCGCGCUGUACUGGGAGUUUACAGGGAUGAGAACCAACUAAGGGCAUUUCUGCAGGCAACUAAAGGCCAACCUCCUACCACAGGGAUGGGAGCAACGCCGAGGCAAGCGGGGUGGGGUGGGGACAGCUGCCUGAAAGGGGCUAAGGCUCGUUUUGCGUGAAGGUCCUUGGGCUUUCAUGGGGAUAAGGGUGGCUGGCGCCGAGGAGAACCAACAGUAAGAAAGAAGGGGACUCUGGCUCUGUACUUACAGCUUCUUUUACACACGGAGCUUUGUCACCAGAAUAAGUUCACUGUGGCCAGUGGACGUCAUGGCACCUUAUGUACCCUUAUGAACUUCCACAGAAGCCUAAGGAAUACACUGAAUUUUUUGUGUUCAAAGGAAUCAGGCGAUAACUCUUUUCAAUAAAAGAGGUUCUGCUCGAGUGAUUAAAGUUUGAUUCACUUCCUCAAGGACAGGGAGAGGGCCGACUCCGAACUAGGUGCCUACUGGUAUUUGUUAAUAGUAGUUUCGUGUGUAUGGUGGGGUGCGGGUCAAAAGAGAGCCCGAUUUUUCAGCUCAUGUUUAAUGAGCAGCUUCUUUGUGCAAACAACCAUAUUCUAGAGGAGCUUACAUUCAAGUGGGGAACACAGGAGAUGUAUAGUUGUAUAUAGAUGUAUAAACUUCUUGACUUUGUUUCUUACGGGGAAAGAUCCUUCAGUACUCUGCUGAUUAAUUGUGAAGAACUUAAGUCUAAAUUGUGUCUAGGAGUUCCCGUCGUGGCACAGUGGUUAACGAACCCGACUAGGAUCCAUGAGGAUGCAGGUUCGAUCCCUGGCCUCGCUCAGUGGGUUAAGGAUCCAGCGUUGCUGUGAGCUGUGAUGUAGGUUGCAGAUGCAGCUCUGAUCCCAUGUGGCUGUGGCGUAGGCCGGCAGCUCUAGCUCGGAUUCGACCCUUAGCCUGGGAACCUCCAUACGCCGCAGGUUCAGCCCUAAAAAGCAAUAAAAUAAAAUAAAAUAAAAUAAAUUGUGUCUAGACUUUACUAAACUACAGUGGGAAACUGUCUAUUUGGAGUGUUUCAAACCUGCCUUGUUUCACCCCAAAAGUAAGGCACACCUUUUAGAUAUGGUGUAAUAUAAAAAUGAGGAUGAGUCUUGGAAAAUCUUUUAUUUAAGAUAAAUAUACUGUGUAGGUCUACUGUGUGAAGUCAUUGAAAAGCUAUCAUUUGGGGUUUAUCAAAAACAUUUGGGUUUAUUCCAAAAUUACACACACAUAUACAAACACAUUAUGUAACACUCAAUAGCUAAUAAAAUAAACACAUUUCACCUAUCCAUUUUUGCACUCGAAAACAUUUGUACUGAAUACUUAUCUUUUUAUUUGCUUUCUUGCAGGAUAUUUUAAAACUGAAAUUUGUAUUUGUUGGAAAAAUUCUCAUUGACCUGAUAGGAGGUGGGGUAAAAAUAACCUGUAGUCAAGAUUUGUUACAACAUUGUUUCAGAAACCACAGAAUAGCUGAUGCAAUGGCUCUUUGAAAAAAACACCCAUUUUUUUCCUUUGAAUCUGUUCUUGUUAUACUUUUUUUUGUUUUUACCUGCACAGUGGAUGUAUUUUGUGCUCAGUAAUAAAUAAUCUUUAUUCCAA